AUUAAAGGACUUCCAUUACUGAUAUGGAUCCUGAUUCUUUAUUAAUGUGGUUUUUGCUUUUGGAAUUUUAAAUUAGUGAGCAGCCUAUAUUUGAUUAAUGUUUAUGAUUAGGGAAUCAAAGAAAAAGAAGAUAAUCACAUUGGAUAUAUAAGCAUGCCUUCCCUGCUACUUUUAAUUGUCAAGUAAGAGCCUUCAGAAAUAUAGCACUCUGAUAACACAGCAUAAUAUCCAACAGUUUCAACUUUCAAGUCCAAUAUUUGUUCUUAUAGCAUAAUGGAGUCGAAUGAUGUUGUGGAGGUCACUGGACAGCACCAAGUUCUAUCUUCAGUUUCGAUAGAUGAAGUGAUUGAGCAGAGUAUUGGAAGCAUAAACGCGAUUCAGAUCUUGCAAGCAGUCAUUGCAUCUUUACCAGCAUUGUUUGAUAGCCAGCAAACAUACAUUAGUAUCUUUGCUCAUGCUCAACCAACUUGGCAUUGCACAGGUAGUAAUAGUACUAGCAACAUUUCCUGCAAUUCCAAUAUUAAGUCCAACAUAUGCCGCGUUUCCAAGAGUGAUUGGGCUUGGGAUUCUCCCAACGUGCAUACUUCGAUCAUAUCAGAGUGGGAUCUCGAGUGUGCUAGCUCAUUCAUGACUGGGUUCCCUACAACUUGCUACUUUGUAGGUUGCCUGUUGGGAGGGUUGGUGCUAGCCACACUUGGUGAUUCAUCGAUUGGGCGAAAGAACCUUAUCUGCCUUUCAUCUCUAGUAAUGUCGCUUGCUGCACUUGCCUCUGCAUUCUCUCCUAAUAUAUGGGUGUACUCUGCAUUUCGUUUCCUGUGUGGGGCAGGUCGUGCACCACUUGCAAACUGUGCACUGGUUUUGGUGACAGAGAGAGUUGGCAAAAGAUGGCGGUCACAGGUGGCUAUGAUUGGGUUCCUCCUGUUUUCAAUUGGUUUACUAACAUUAAUUGGUAUUGCCUAUCUAACCAAGGACUCUUCCUGGAGAACCUUGUAUCUAUACACUACCAUUCCAGGAAUUAUAUGCACACUAUUAUGUUAUUUCUUUCUCUUAGAGUCCCCUAGAUGGCUUUUCAUGCAAGGGCGAACCAAGGAUUCCAUGGCCGUCUUAAGAAAACUAUCAUCUAAUACUCUUUCUUACUCUACCUCGAUCAUGAACAACAUUGGUGCUCUACAAAAGACUCCGAACAACACUAGUUUGUUCGCGUCCCUUAACAUACUUCUCAAGAAAAGAUGGGCUGUCAAACGAUUAUCAGCAUCUGUGGUUUUAGCUUUUGGCAUUGGCCUUUUGUACUUUGGCAUGUUCUUAGGUGUUGAACACUUAGGUUUCAAUAUCUAUUUAACCUCAACAUUCACUGCAUUAUUGUCCUUAGCUUCAUAUUUGCUCACGUUUCUGUUCUGGAUUCAAAGAUGCAACAGAAGGAGUUCAUUGCUCGGAUUCUGUGUGAUCAGUGGAGCAACAAGCAUAAUCUUUGCUGUCAUAGGAAAAAAUGUUCAUGUCAGUUUAACCAUCGGGCUGGAGCUCGUAUCACUAUUUUGUGCCUGUAUGGCUUACAAUCUAGUACUGAUGUAUACAGUGGAGCUCUUUCCGACUUGUGUGAGAAUCUCGGCCUCAUCGUUGGUAAGGCAAGCGAUGAUUUUUGGUUCGGUGUUUGAUCCGGUGUUGAUUCUACUUGGAAGGCAGAAUAUGAUUUAUAGCUAUGGGGUAUUUGGGAUCACAGUUCUUGUGUGUGGGUUUUUGGUACUUUGUUUGCCAGAGACAAGAGGUAAGGUGUUGUGUGAUACCAUGGAGGAACAAGAGUUAAGAGAUAAUAGGAGCAACUUGAUAAUUUGAUUU